GACGCAGCGGCGUGCGCGGUGACGGCUGGCGCUCUUGUUCCUCAGCCGAGCAGCGGAGGCAGGAGGACGCGGCCCGUAGCCCGGACGAGCUCGGUGGACUGGCCAGCCAGCGGCUCGGGCUCGGGCUCGGAGCCCGUCCCGCCCUCCCCCGCUCCCCGGCCGCCCCCGCUACGACUCCGGGGGCCUUCCUCCCUUCCACAUGCGCUUCGCUUCCCUGGGAAUUGAAAAUAACUGAAUGAUUUGAAGGUGUGGGAUCAAUGACUCUUUGAGAUACCAAGCUCAUAAAGGAAAGCUACAUGUGAAACGCUUCUGAGUGAAUUUUGGAUGAAGCCAUCAAAUUAAUUAUUUGCCAUCAUGAGCAGAAGCAAGCGUGACAGCAAUUUCUAUAGUGUUGAGAUUGGAGAUUCUACAUUUACUGUACUGAAACGGUAUCAGAAUUUAAAACCUAUAGGCUCAGGGGCCCAGGGAAUAGUGUGUGCAGCUUAUGAUGCCAUUCUUGAAAGAAAUGUUGCAAUCAAGAAGCUAAGCCGACCAUUUCAGAAUCAGACUCAUGCCAAGCGUGCUUAUAGAGAACUUGUUCUUAUGAAAUGUGUUAAUCACAAAAAUAUAAUUGGCCUCUUGAAUGUGUUCACACCACAGAAGUCCCUAGAAGAAUUUCAGGAUGUUUACAUAGUCAUGGAGCUCAUGGAUGCAAAUCUUUGCCAAGUGAUUCAAAUGGAGCUAGACCAUGAACGAAUGUCCUACCUUCUCUAUCAGAUGCUGUGUGGAAUCAAGCACCUUCAUUCUGCUGGAAUUAUACAUCGAGACUUAAAGCCCAGUAAUAUAGUAGUAAAAUCAGACUGCACUUUGAAGAUUCUUGACUUUGGACUGGCCAGAACUGCAGGAACUAGUUUUAUGAUGACACCUUAUGUAGUGACUCGUUACUACAGAGCACCCGAGGUCAUCCUAGGGAUGGGCUACAAAGAAAACGUGGAUUUAUGGUCUGUGGGGUGCAUUAUGGGAGAAAUGGUUUGCCACAAAAUCCUCUUUCCAGGAAGGGACUAUAUUGAUCAGUGGAAUAAAGUUAUUGAACAACUUGGAACACCAUGCCCAGAGUUCAUGAAGAAAUUACAACCAACAGUAAGGACUUAUGUGGAGAACAGACCUAAAUAUGCUGGAUAUAGCUUUGAGAAGCUCUUCCCAGAUGUACUUUUCCCAGCUGACUCAGAGCACAACAAACUUAAAGCUAGUCAGGCAAGGGAUUUGUUGUCAAAAAUGCUGGUUAUCGAUGCAUCUAAAAGAAUCUCUGUGGAUGAAGCUCUCCAGCACCCAUACAUCAAUGUCUGGUAUGAUCCUUCAGAAGCAGAAGCGCCUCCACCAAAGAUACCUGACAAGCAGUUAGAUGAAAGGGAGCACACAAUAGAAGAGUGGAAAGAAUUGAUAUACAAGGAAGUUAUGGACUUGGAGGAGAGAACUAAGAAUGGAGUUAUACGGGGUCAGCCAGCUCCUUUAGCACAGGUGCAGCAGUGAUUAAUGGCUCUCAACAUCCAUCUUCAUCGUCGUCUGUCAAUGAUGUGUCUUCAAUGUCAACAGAUCCAACAUUGGCCUCAGAUACAGACAGCAGUCUGGAAACAUCAGCGGGACCUCUGGGCUGCUGUAGAUGACUAUUUGGUCAGGGGUGGGAGGGAAGAGGGAGGGGGGUUGCAGGAGGGAAGGGGAUUCAUUUAGGUAUUGAUAGAACUACUUUGAAAACAAUUCAGUGGUCUUAUUUUUGAGUGUUUUGUUUUGUUCCCCAAAAAUGUAGGAUUCUUUUUUUAAAUAUCAAGUGCUGUAAUUUAAAACUGUAAGUUGUUUUUCAAAUAGCCACAAAAUGUAUUGUGGUUUUUUUUGUUUUUUGCUGUAAUUAUCUGUAUAAUGUAAACCUAUUAAUUUUAUCAUGGUUUAAAAUUUUUGCCUAUUUGCUUUACCUUAUGCUGCUGAUUCAUUUUAACUGAAUUUGUAAGCUUUGUUUUAUCAAAGCAACUAUUAUGUGGUGACUUGCCUAUAUCAUGAAUUAUUUAAGAGUUUAUAGUGGUUUUUUUUAUUAGAAUUUAUUCCAGAUGUUUUGUUCAUGACAAUAUCCUUCAGGGUUAUGUGCUUGUCAUUAGUUUAUUCCCUGGGAAAGAGGUAAGAUAUAUCUCUGUAGCCAGUUAUAUUCAGGUAUAACUACUGUAAAUGAUUGAGUUAAACCUCCAAUUCUUGCUAUUUGCCCAUCUUAAUUUAAUCAAAACAAUUAGUAGGGAACCUGUGUAAUUCCUUGUCAAAAUCACUUCAUCUGAAUGGCAGAAAAAUGCAAAGCAUGUCUUUCUAAGAUGCCAUAUAUUCAGCCUGCCCCCAGAAGAAAAACAAAAAGAUAUGGUGUAUUCCGCAAAAUUAUGGCAUGCUAAAAGCUUAUGAUCACAUCAAGUCAAGAGGAUACUUCAUGAAUAAUACAUUUCAAUGCAAAUAAACAUAUGGUUUACUUCUA